AUGGAGUACUACGGUCAAGAAGCCCUCAAUCUUUUCGUUGCCGAGGGCAACCUUCGCGAUCGCGCUUUGCGAGGAGCCAUUGAGGGCAAAAUUCGACAUUUCUUUGAUUGCAUCGACCACGAGAAAUGGAAGGAGGUGAAAGGACACCUGAGAUCUGAUGCAAAGCUUCUCGAUAGACUCCGCGACCCGGGAGAUAUCUACAGUGGCAUUCUAUCAAUCGUGGCGCAUCUAAAGGGAGAAGUUGUCAGCGGUCAAAAGAUCGUCCACAAGCUUCUAAUUGUCGAUCGAGGCCGAGUCACGUGUUACGUCGCCCAGUUUUCGAUGCAUACAGGCCAGGAUGCAAUACCCGAUCGGUUCUACGAGACUCGCUGGGUAUAUCUCAUUGAUCUAGACGAGCAGCAGCAGAUCGAGCGCAUUGAGAUUCGAGACCACAAUAAAUACUUUUGUCACGAAGGAGACACGAGAAUGAUGGAAAAAGCUAUCGAGGCAGCCGAGGAGGAUGCUAUGCUGGUAAACUGCAUCUAA